AUGAGUAAAAAAAGGUCUUCAGUUUGGAUUUACUUUGAAGAAAAUGACGAAGAUUCGCGUAAUGUGCAGUGCAAAGUAUGUGAUACAAAAAUUUCUCGUGGAGGUAAGGGGAAAAAAGCUUCGACGUCGGGUUUGAUAAAUCAUUUAAAGAACAAACACAAGGAGGAGUAUCAGAAAAUACAUAAAUCUAUCUCAACGAAAGAAAACACAGCGGAUGAUGUCGUUCCCUGUUCAAGUAAGUCCACAAAGCAAUUAACCCUUUACGACUGCCAAGAAAAAACAAAAAAGUGGGAUAUAAAUGACCCUCGGGCUGUGAAAUACCAUUAUCUGAUUGCCGAAAUGAUAGCGAUUGAUAAUGAACCACUGAACAUAGUUGAAAGAUCUGGUUUGAAAAGAUUGUUAAAUGAGAUCCUGCCGAGAUAUGCCAUACCGAGUAGACCGUACUUUUCAGAGAAAAUAAUUCCUGAACUUUAUGGAAAAGUAGUAACAAAGAUUAAAAAAAAGCUUGAAGACACAGAUUAUAUAUCAAUCACUACCGACUUGUGGACGUGCUUGCAAAACUCUGUCAGUUUCCUCAGUUUCACUGCACACUGGCUUGACAGAGAUUUUAACUUGACACAUGCUGCACUUAAUGUAAAACACUUUGAAGGGCAACAUACUGCGCAAAAUAUAGCAAAUGCUCUGCAAGAAAUACUGAGCCGGUGGGAAUGCCCUUUAUCAAAAAUUCACGUCAUUGUUCAUGACAAUGGGCGCAAUAUUGUUAAGGCUGUCAGUGAGGCUAAAAUGAAUUCUGCAUGUUGCUUCAUACAUACACUACAGUUAGUAAUCAAAGACUCUCUCAAAAUUCAACCUGAGAUCGGAGAAACUAUUGCUGUGGGACGAAAAAUAGUAACCCACUUUAAUCAUUCGAGUACUGCACAAGAAAAACUGAAAAAAAUUCAGGAAGAGCUGGGAAUAGCCAAGCAUAAUUUAGUGCAAGAUAUAACAACACGGUGGAAUUCUACCUUUUAUAUGUUAGAAAGGCUUCUUGAACAAAAACGAGCUAUUUCCCUCUAUCUAACUGAUACAGUAAACAUAUCUAAUCUGACUGCAGAGCAGUGGGAGAUUGUAGACCAAUUACUGAAAUUAUUAAAGCCAUUUGAAGAGAUAACAAAAAUUACUAGCUCAAACUAUUCAUGCUUAUCUGAAAUUAUUCCCCAUGUUGUUACUCUUAACCGCUACUGCAACAAGGCCGUGUCUUCUGACCUAGCACCUAAAUUAAAGUUUAUGGCGAUCGCCAUGCAACAAGGGAUAAAACAACGUUUUUCACAGAUUGACGAUAAUAAAAACUACCUGAUAUCAACUUUGUUAGAUCCAAGGUUUAAGACGAAUUUCUUCACGAACCAACUGCAAAAAGAAAGAGCCCGGCAGUACAUUCUGGUUGAAGAUUUAGUUUCAGACUAUGAUACCAGCAGCGAUGAAAGCGUGCGUUCUUCUCCCGUGCAGUCUAAACGUAAAAGAACCGAUGAGCCUGGACAAAGCAUUCGCACAUCUUUCUGGGAGUGCUAUGAUGAAGUAGUUGCUGAGAACUUUACCGAUGAUGACAACGGAGUCGGAAUAGCUUCUACAUCAAAGAACAUCAUAGCAGGUGACCUUGAUAAGUACUUAAGCAUGAAAACUUUAAAGAGAAACGACGAUCCAUUUGCCUGGUGGGCUACACAUAAAUCUAAAUUUUCCCAAUGUUUAGUCAAACUGGCUGCUAAGUACUUAUCAGCUCCUGCAAGCAGCGUGUAUUCAGAGAGGCUUUUUAGUGAAGCAGGAAACGUAUACGAAAAAAAGAGGAACAGACUUCUUCCCAAAAAUGCGGAAAAGUUGAUUUUUCUGCACCAUAACAUACCACUUAUUGACUUCAGUUAUAAGAAAUAA